AUGGCGGAGAAAAAACAAAGGACGGCAGACUUGUCAAUUGGCGCAUCGACACGGCCACCGCUGAAGAAUCAGGACAGCGACAAGGACUUCAACGAUUACUUUAUCGGACCGCGCGGCCUCGAUCACCACUCGAGAUGGCCUGUCUUCCUCCGUAUCCAUGGAAGUGUGACACCAGAAAUGGUUUUGCUUUUGCUCUUUGUAGCCGGUUGGUUGAGCAUGAUCACGCUCAUAUCGAAAUUCGUCCACGACCUUAGUGUUCACCGGCUUCUGCUCACCGUCCUCGACUUCGUCGUUGGUCUUGCCCUGAGUUUUCGAAGCUCCACAGCCUACGAGCGCUACAACGACCGUCGUAAAUACUGGACACAGUUGACUUUCGCAUCGCAGAACCUCGCUCGCCUCAUUUUGAUACACGUGGAUGAACGAUACGAGAAGGACGCUGCGCUCGGCAACCAAGAUCUGCUCGCCAAGAUCAACUGCCUGAACCUGAUCGCCGCCUACGCCGUUGCACUUAAGCACAAGCUUCGGUUUGAACCAUAUAUGCAUUAUGACGACCUAAAGCACCUCGUCGGUCACCUCGACACCUUCGCGCCUGACGCCGAUCAGCCAGACACAAGGAAGAAGCGAAACGUGUUCAACACGGUAGGCCAAUUCCUUGGGCUGCCCAUGGCUGAGUCGAACACUCGCAAAUUGCUGAAGCGCUCGCGUGUCCCACUUGACAAUCUCUCACUCGAGAUAAACAACCAUCUUAGCGUGUACAUGAAGUCGAUAUACGGCAAAGGUACUUUCAAAGUGUCCAGCUACCAGACACAGUCCCUCAAUGCACUCACAACUUUCAACGAUGUGCUUGUUGGAACUGACAGGAUCCUGAGCACGCCGCUGCCAAUCGCAUACAGCAUUGCUAUCAGUCAGAUCACAUGGGUGUACAUUCUCCUGCUGCCUUUCCAAUUGUACAAGCUUCUGGGAUACAUUACAAUCCCAGCGAGCGUCUUUGCGACAUACAUAAUCCUCGGAAUUGCGCUGAUUGGCCGCGAGAUCUAAAAUCCGUUCGGCAACGAUGUGAACGACUGGCCACUGGAUGCGUUCUGCUUGCAAAUCAGAAGGGAUGUGGAUAUCAUCAUGAGUAAGGCAGCACCGAGCAUCGAGGAGGUGGUGACACACCCAGAGAACCAACUUCUCUACCCGUUGAGCCACCUCGGCAGUGCAUUAUGGGCGGCAAAGAGUGUGAAUGAGAGCAGGGAUGCUAUAGCAAGCAAGACAGGCCUACACUUCCCGUUGGUCGAACACAACGAGCACCCCAAGCCAAGUCACUUAGUCAGUACGGAUGUCCGCCAUCGAUCGAGCCACGACCGCGCGGAGACGGGUGGAGACGGCCAUGCCCGCAGUUGCUAUAGCAGUGCAACUGAUGAUGGUGAGUAAGUCACAAAUCGUGCAAGAGCAUUCAUUGCCUUUAUCUCAGGAUGGGCACGGAGUAAAGCACGCAGCGCAGGUCUAC